CUAGCUGGUAAUAAGAAAACGAAUAUCAAAAUCGAGGAAAUAUCAUCACAUCACAUGUGGUACCGAUACCGGUAUUUCUGGAUUGUUGUUGUGCGUUGCAUGGAUAUAAAAAAUGUUUUUGAAUGAUCUCGGACAGCCGCUGAUUCUAAAUGCGCGGAAAAAGUAUGGACCCCUUGAAGAGCACAAUGGAGUCCUUCUGUUGACGUCCGCCGCCUUUGAAGAGCACGAAGUGCCCACAAAAUGGUGCGCGUCCAUCAUUGGAUCCGGGGAGAAUAUGUUUCGGCUGCGAUCAAAGACCAAUGUCAAAGAGAUCUACAAAUACUGUACUCAACAAGUCAUAGUUCCCAACACCCCAACUGAAGUGCACUACGACCAAACAAAGAUCACUUUGACGCUGUUCCCAGCAGGAAAAAGCCAAGACGGGAUAAGCCUGAACAUCUACUGCAUAGAGAAUGGACACACCAGAGCACUGAUUGUGGAUGAAUUGUCUGGCUUUCUAGAUUUUAUGCCCAAAGGCAGUGCAUUAUUUCAUCGUAUCCUCGGCGAAGGCAUCGAUAUCGUGUACAUAGACGAAUCGCUGCUGGGGGAUAAUCAGCCCAUCCACGAAGAUCUCUAUGCUUUCGUACAGCUGAUUCGACCAAAGCACAUCUACGGGCUAAGGCAGAACAAAUUGCCCAAGUGGCUGCUAGAUUUGUGCGUCCAAAAGGAUGUCUACGCGAGUCCCAUUGAAAUAUAGUUAACAGAAACGCACACAAAUUACGAAAGAAAAUGCAUUUAAAAGGCAACUAAAAUCUUU